AUGAUACGACUUAUUCAAAGUUUACUUGAAUAUACAUCAAUAAAACAUAUUGAUUAUCAAUUAUUAAUUGAUUCAUUGGGUGAAUUACGUGAAAUAGCAAAAAAAAAAUUAAAUGAACAAAGUAGAAAAACGGAAAAACAUUUAUCAAUGUUUAAUAUUGUUCAUAUUAUUGAUAAUUGUCGAUCUUCAUUAAUUCAAACAUCACUUGAAAAUUUAAACAUUGGUUCAGAUUUAUGUGCAAUUAAUUGUCUAAAUUUAUUAGACUUCGCAUUUAAACGUGGUUUUCAUAAAGCGAAGAAACGAUUAAGUCUAGCUAUUUCAUUCAGUCCAUGA